UUAGGUCCUCUUUUUCUUGGAAGCGCCCCAGACCCAUCGCACCAUGGCAGAUCCCGAUCUUGAUUUCCAGACUGGUGAGUCUGGCGCCUCCGCCACCUACCCCAUGCAGUGCUCCGCUCUGCGCAAGAACGGCUACGUGGUGCUGAAGGGGCGUCCCUGCAAAAUUGUGGAAAUGUCCACCUCUAAGACCGGCAAGCACGGACAUGCUAAGGUUAACCUGGUUGGCAUCGACAUCUUCACCAACAAGAAGUAUGAAGACAUGUGCCCCUCCACCCACAACAUGGAUGUUCCCUCCAUCAAGAGGAUAGACUAUCAGUUGGUUAACAUCAAUGAAAACUAUAUGUCCCUGAUGAGUGACAACGGCGACAUCAGAGAGGACCUGCGUGUCCCUGAAAAUGAAGUCGGCAAGGAAAUCGAGGCGAAGUUCGACGCGGGUGAAGAAUUCAUGGUCACCGUGAUUUCUGCCAUGGGGGAGGAAUGUGCCGUCGCUACCAAGGUCUUGGCCAGCAAAUAAGGAGUUGAUAGACUUUGCUGCCCGGACAACAAGCACCACCCACAACCAGUCUCUUGCAUUCUCAUUGGUUCUGUCACCAAAGCGUCGGCCUUCACAGACAACCUCAAUCAUUCUGUUGUGAUCUUUCUCUCAUCAUUGAUCUUUAUCCCCCCCCCCCCCCCCCUGCUCCUCCUCCUCCUCCCUCCUUUUGGUUUCUCCUUUCCAUUUGCUGUUGGGAUUGUUCCACCGCAGCUCGCUGCGUGGGCCUCUGCCUGAUCAUUGAGGUUUUGUUUGGCAACUUUAUAUAAAACGACUUAAAAAAAAAAAGCAUC